GAACGAGUCUGAACGAGUCUGUCAGCUCUUGAAUGAUUCUGUCAGCUCUUCUAAUUUGUCAAAGCACUUUUUGUGGUGUGGAUCCGUCCCGUGCGCUUCUACGAGUCUGUCAGCUCUCCUAGGGGUGUCUCUGUCAUUCAGCCGAUAGGUGUGUCUCUGUCAUUUGGCCGAUAGGUGUGAGAUCCGCUCCGCUCUUUUUUUGGUGUGGAACCCACUGUGUGUGAUCUGCUGUAGCGUCACGCUUCGUUAUAGAUGGUUGCACCGGGCCAAGCAGGGAACUAUACUCCUGCGUGACAUUCCGCGAAGCUUCCUUCGCGGAAAGUGCCUAGAGUUUACAGUACGCGUAUCACCCGAGCCAAGAGCAUAUUUGCAUCGAUCCAUUUGGGCGGAAUGUUACACCCGGGGUCGGUUUAAGGGCAGGGCUUGUCAAAGCCCUGCAUUCCUUCAUUCUUCUUCUUCUCCUCCUCUUUAGAAUCGAAAUACAGUGGAUAUCGCCAAUUCCAGGGCGUUGAAAAGGCAGGAUUGUUCCUCUACACGCUCAGAAUGUCGUUGGGGGGCACUUGGCUGCAAGGUCUCGGUCGACGGGAGAAUCGGGGCACUUGGCUGCAAGGUCUCGGUCGACGGGAGAAUCGAGGCUCUUCUUCUUCUUCGAAAAGCAAGGUGGGCAUCGAGCGGGAGAAUCGAGGCUCUUCUUCUUCUUCGAAAAGCAAGGUGGCAGAGAGAGUAGCGUAUUACGCCAUAUCUUCCACUCUCACAGUCUACCUUACGACAGUCCUGCAAGAGACAGAGGCCGAGGCAGCCAAAAACUAUAUCAUCUGGGCAGGAACUACGUUUCUUACUACCAUUAUUGGAGCAUUUGUUGCGGAACCAUUCUUGAGUCGUUAUUGGACCAUCUUCUGGUCCAUGAUACUAUAUUUCCUGGCAUUGGUUUGUGUCACGGUCUCCAUGUCCUUCGAGCCAUUCAAACCUCCGACGUGUGAUCAUCAUCUCCUCCCCACCAUGUGCGACAAGCCUAGUGUGCCCCAAAGAGUCUUCUUCUAUGGUUCAUUGUACUUGAUGGCCUUAGGAGCGGGAGGAAUCAAGGCAUGUGUGACGGCAUUCUCUGCAGACCAAUUCGACGACACUGAUCCUGGGCAGAACCAUGAGAGGGGGUCGUUCAUGAACUGGUGGUGUUUCAGUCUGAGCGUCGAGCGUAUCAUGGGCUCGGUGGCCUUCUUCCCUUGGGUGCAGGAACAGUAUGGUUGGGUAUGGGUCGGAGCAAUUCCAGCCGGAAUCGUUGGAUUUGUAACUCUGAGUUUCAUUGUCGCUCAUCCUCUGUACUACCAUCAAACCCCCCCUGGAAGUGCUUUCACAAGAGUUCUCCAGGUUCUGGUGGCUGCUUUCAAGAAGAGAAACUUGGAACCGCAACCUGAUCUUCACGAGCUGUUUGACCUGAGCCCGUAUCAUUCAGAAGUUUCCAUAUGUGUUGUUCCUUGACAGAGGUUGUAAGUCAAAGUUCGGAAAGAUCGAUACGUGGCUGAAGACUGAUGAAAAAAUUCUCAUCCAAUCUAACAAUUUUGAGACAUCUAGGCUCGAAGGGACACAUCAGCUACGAAUUCAAUAAAAAGAGCUUUGCGUUUGUAAUACAGUACCAACUAAUUUUCAGAUUUCUUCUCAAGGAAAAUUGAAUUCACCAUGAUUUCGUCACCGAAAAGGUAUGAAACGAACAUUUCUGGAUGAGUCUGGUACUUGUAAGAUUUGCUCCAGACUAAUAGUGUACUCUGACAUAGGGGUGGGCACGACUCGGCU